UUGUUUACUUGUUAGUUUAUAACAAUCUGUUGUAUCUAAUUACUGAUGUUCUACCGUUGACCUGUUCAACUGCCCUUAUCACGUCUCCCAGGGUUGAAUGUUAUGGUUAACGUUGAUACCAGACUGGAUUCGAGGACACGCUGAUAAUGUAUCCGUGAGUCUGUGACACUGUGUGAUUCCGUAGCAGGUGAUGUUGUGACUUCAAGCUCCCUACAAGCCUCUCGGGCUGGUGUUUACAGAACAUUCGGUGCUAUUGUGAAGAGGCAUAGACAUUUUCUCUGAUUCUGUUCUGGAGGCGUCUCCCUGAAUUGUUGCAUUAGAUCGACUUUAUCUGUUAACCUGGAAUUCCCGUAACAAUAGCCUACUGGGCUUAUGUGUGUUGAUGAAGUGAAUGACCAUAGGGCGAGGCAUGAAUGACAGAGAAUUGGGUGAGUGAGCUCCCCAUACCCGGACUUUGCUGUAGUAUAGAGACACAGGUGUCUCUGUCACACAGGUGGCAAAUCAGGAAAAGCAAGAAAGGGGUGUUUCAACCCGGACCUGUGGGAGGAGUAAACUAGACGAGAAAUAUUGUAUGAUUCGUUUACUUCCUCGUUCCUCGUCCUAUAGUGGCAAAAGUCACGUCUCCAGCUGGUGAACAUUUUAAAGAUAUUGACGGCAACUAAGGGUGCAGUUGAAACGCUCGAACAUCUUGAGAAUGGCUCUAGCAGGCUCGGACUCCAUGGAAGAAGGAAAAGGCGAGACGUUUCUACUUAAAGCCAUCAAAAUAGGUGGUGUGGUCGUACUUUAUUGGUUCAUUUCAAUAACCAUGGUGUUCUUAAAUAACUACUUGCUAGACAGUAAAGAUUUGGACGCGCCGCUAUUUGUGACAUUUUACCAGUGCCUUGUGACUGUCGGACUGUGCUAUGGCAUGCACUUGCUAUCCCACUUAUGUCCGGGUGUCAUCGACUUCCCCUCCGUCAAGUUCGACCUAAAGGUAUGCCGGGAGGUUCUACCCCUGUCCAUCGUGUUCAUUGGAAUGAUAACCUUCAACAACUUGUGCCUGAAGCAUGUAGGGGUGGCCUUCUACACUGUCGGCAGGUCACUCAGCACAGUCUUCAACGUUCUACUCUCCUACGUGAUCCUCAAGCAAACGACGUCCUUCUACGCCAUCCUGUGUUGUGGAAUUAUUCUAGGUGGAUUCUGGUUGGGUGUGGACCAGGAAGGUGUGGCGGGCUCCCUGUCGUGGACGGGUGUGUUUUUCGGUGUGCUGGCCAGCGCCUGCGUCCUCAACGCCAUCUUCACCAAGCGGGUCAUGCCGGCGGUAGACGGAAACAUCUGGAAGCUCUCCUUCUACAACAACAUCAACGCAUGCAUCCUCUUCCUCCCACUCAUCCUCGUCUUCGGUGAGGUCGGCCACCUCGUCCAUUUCAGCCGCCUGGGUGACCCUACGUUCUGGGGCAUGAUGACGCUGGGCGGCGUGUUCGGUUUCGCCAUCGGCUAUGUGACGGGCCUCCAAAUCAAGUUCACGAGUCCGCUGACGCACAACGUGUCGGGGACGGCCAAGGCCUGCGCUCAGACGGUCAUCGCUGUGGUCUAUAACCAGUCCAGUAAAAGUUUCCUGUGGUGGACUAGUAACCUGAUGGUCCUUGGCGGGUCUUCUGCCUACACCUGGGUCAAAGGCAUGGAGAUGAAGAAGGUCCAUAUUCCCCAGGAGGAGUCCAAAGAGAAACUGCUAGGGGAGAAGAGUGAUGCCGGGGUAUAGUGGGACUAGGAUGACCUUCCACCAUGGUGGUGGUGGUGACCCGGGGGUAUAACGGGAUGAGGAUGACCUUCUGCCAUGGUGGUGGUGGUGACUGUGACCCACUGGUGACAGAAGACAAUGUAAACACUAAGGCCUAACCACGGAGUUGUUUCUACAGCGAUGUUAUGUUGGAACAGUUGGGCUGUGUGCUGUCAAUAUAAAUGAAUGUUACUAUAGUAACACAGAGGUGUAGGAAGGCUACGGGGUUGUUUUGUUACUCAGUGGGACCUUAUUGUUUUAUCAUUUCCUUAGGUUAUUUUGUCCAAUUCUGUUAUUUAUUCAGUGUGUGGGGGGGGGGUCAUGAAUUAUAACCUAAAUCAUUACUGUCUCUUCUUUCAGAACAUUAUUCAUAUGUUUGUAGGAUAGUAUCUAAAUCAAGUGACUUUCCUGUUAGCUUGUAUGUGUCAUCAGGAAUGUGAUGCAAAACUGCAAUAUGACACGGCGAAAGACAGUUUUAUGGCAAGUGGGGCUCUUUAUGUUGGGUAUACAGUUUGCAUAUGGAGGGUGGAGACCGACUAAGGCGGAAAAGGGGGAGGUCAAAAGGGGGGUGAGUGUAACGGAUGUGAAACGGCUAGCUUAGUUAGCUGUGGUGUGCGCUAAAUAGCGUUUCAAUCGGUGACGUCACUUGCUCUGAGACUGUAAUAGCUCACCUUAGUUAAUGAAGUGAUUAAGCCAGUGCUGGUUUUAUGGACCGCUUUACGUUAUAUCUUUGAAGCAGAGACACUGUAGGUGAUAAAAGUGAAAACCGUCAAAGAGAUGGUUGAUUCUCUCUGGCUUCAGUAGAGGCACUACAAUUUGAAUAAUUGACAACAAAGGAUGUAAUCUGAACUGUUUAUCCCCUGAGAUGGAGAUUUUCUAUGGCUGUUUAUUUUGUGUGUUUUGUCUUGAAAAGUAACAGACUAUAGAAGGAAUGUUAAAGAUAAUGUCUGUGUUGAUGUAUUGUCUGUGUCAUGAAACUUCAAUCAUGAAGGAAGACUGUUGGGUAACCGGCCAAGUGGCCUGCGGUGGCCUGCGGGAGCAUCGUCAUUAUGAUGUCAUAACUCCUUCCUGUCUCAGUGCCGGGUUGAGACCCUGCACUCUAAAACACCCUCCUUUCCUAAAGUCCUCUCUGCUUGUCCUCUUCUGUAGUGUCAUCAUUUUCAGACCAAUGAGAUAUAAGGAAAUGGGACACGAGAAAAUAAUUUACAUAGAAAGACUGGCUGGUGAUCUGAGAGAUCCUAAAAUGUGGGUCUCUCAGAUUUCAGGUUUUGCUUCUGCGUCCACUUGAUACACAGUCUGUUUUUCUUCUAUAUAUUUGUUGCUCAGGGUUUGUAGUGCGUUGGAAGAUACCGGACAUGGGAUUUCAGAGCUGGUUAGCCGACAUAGACGGGUAUUCUCCAGAUUGCGUUUUUAAGAAAAGAUGCAGAUUUAUUUUAGAAAAUAUAUAGUUAUUCAGUGAUUGUGACUUUUUUUUAUGUGUACUUCAGAAAAAUAAAUGGACAUUCUGUUAAUCA